CCAGCCCAACAUAGGUAGACACCAUGGUGGAUUACUAUGAAGCACUGGGGGUGCCCCACAAUGCCUCUCCAGAUGACAUCAAAAAAGCGUACAGGAAGAAAGCUCUGAAGUGGCACCCAGAUAAAAAUCCAGAUAACAAAGAAUACGCUGAGCAGAAAUUCAAGGAGAUAGCAGAGGCCUAUGAAGUGCUGUCAGACAAGAACAAGCGUGAAGUCUAUAACUGUUAUGGCAAAGAAGGACUCAUGGGUGCAGGUGGACCCUGUGGGACCCGGCCUGGUCCAGGGAUGCCUGAAUACACCUUCACUUUCCGCAGUGCUCGUGAUGUCUUCCGGGACUUCUUUGGGGGACAGGACCCUUUUGCUGACUUCCUUGCUGAUGAAAUAUCCCCAUUUUCAGACAUGCGUGGAAGUGGACCUCGACAUCCUGGAGCAGGAACAUUCUUCUCAUCCUUUGCAGCAACACCAGAAUUCUUUUCUUCUGGGCUUGGGCCAAGUAUCAAUAUGGGAAUGGGCUUCCGUUCCAUCUCUACAUCCACUAAAUUCAUCAACGGCAAGCGCAUCACUACCAAAAGGAUUGUCGAAAAUGGGCAGGAGAGGAUGGAAGUGGAAGAAAAUGGGGAGCUGAAAUCUGUUCAUAUUAAUGGCGUUCCAGAUGACUUGGCACUAGGCUUGGAGCUGAGCCGGCGGGAGCAGCAGCAAGACCUCCAAAACCGCAAGUCUUCAUCUCCUCCUCCGCAGACACCUGUUCAGCCCCUGCCUCCCAAGCGCCCGCCUCCCAGUUCGUCCCCUGUGAUCUUGUACACGGACAGUGAGGAGGAGGAUGAGGACCUGCAGCUGGCCAUGGCCUACAGCCUGUCUGAGAUGGAGGCCAAGGGCCAGCACAGAGCAGACCCUGACGGACAGGCAUAUUCUGUCUGACGCCCCUCCAUGCUGCCUCCCUGCAGGUGUGUUCUGAGUCUGGAAGAGCCGUGGGGAUUGCCUCUCUAGCAUUCGUGCUUACAGAAGGCUACUCAAGCCUGGACUUCGCUUUCUGUUCCCUCCCUGAGCCCUGCCCUAGGCAGACUCCAAGUGUGUGACUUCCACUCCGUUAGUUCUCUGCUGUGGGUCACUUAGCACCCAGUAGCUCGUGAGGGUCAGGCUAAGCACAGC